AUGCUAACAGAUGAUUCGCUGCAGAUCAUCUCCGGUCCCAUGGAGUACCUGCUCUCCUCGCACGGGAAGAGCUUCCGAGGUAAACUCAUCGCGGGGUUCAACCGACUCCUGGAUGUCCCUCAGGACAAGCUCAAUGUGAUCAGUCGGGUCAUUGAGCUGUUGCACACGGCCUCUCUCUUGCAAGUAGACACCGACUAUCGGCACCGGUCCACGCUGAGACGGGGCCUGCCCGUGGCGCACAGCAUCUUCGGGGUCGCCCAGACGAUCAAUUCCGCAAACCAUGCCUACUUCCUAGCGCAGAAACACCUGGAGCGCUUGGGCAACCCGUCUGCUCUCCCAAUCUUCACGGAGGAAAUGCUCAAUCUGCACCGCGGACAGGGGAUGGACCUCUACUGGCGGGACUCGCUAACCUGCCCUACGGAGGAGGAAUAUUUAGACAUGGUGUCCAACAAGACCGGCGGGCUGUUCAGGCUGGCGAUCAGACUGAUGCAGCUGGAGAGCCGAAAGUCAGGGGACUACGUCUCGCUGAUUAACCUCGUUAGAACCAUUUUCCAGAUCCGAGACGACUAUCAGAACCUGAAAGGCGAGGCAUACACCUCUAACAAAGGGUUCUGCGAGGAUUUGACGGAGGGCAAGUUCUCGUUCCCGAUCAUCCACAGUAUCCGCCAGGACCCUGCCAACAGGCAGCUACUGCACAUCCUGCGCCAGCGGACCACAGACGAGGCGGUCAAAACAUUUGCGGUAUGGCAGAUGGAAGCGACGGGGAGCUUUCGGUACUGUCGACAGAAGAUCUCGAGGCUGAUGGGCGAGGUCAGGGCCAUUGUCGCGGGCUUGGACGCUGGCGGGUCGGCGGAGGUGAAUGCCAUUCUGAACUUUUUGGAAUUCGAAUAA